AUGUUUAGCAAGACUUUUAUUAGACGUUCUAUACGUUCUACACAAUGGAUAAGAUACAACUCAUCCAAGGCUGCACCAUUGGAUGCUUCUAGAUUAAUUAUUGAAAAAACCACUACUCCUAAAACCAAGCUUCCUAAAGAACAAUUGGUAUUUGGUAAGACAUUUACAGAUCACAUGUUAGAAAUUGAAUGGACCAAGGAAAAAGGUUGGGAUACUCCAAAGAUUUCUCCAUAUCAUAACUUAUCUUUAGAUCCUAGUACGAUUGUUUUCCAUUAUGCGUUUGAAUUAUUCGAAGGUAUGAAAGCAUACAAGGACAGUAAAGGUUUGAUUCGUACAUUCCGUGGUGAUAAAAACAUGAUUCGUAUGAACAGUUCUGCUGAAAGAAUUGCUUUGCCAACUUUUGAUGGUGAAGAAUUGCAAAAAUUAAUUGAUAAAUUAUUAGUAUUAGAUCAAGGUUUUGUUCCAGAAGGUAAAGGAUAUUCAUUAUACCUUAGACCAACUUUAAUUGGUACUUCCGCUUCAUUGGGUGUCGGUACUCCAGAUAGAGCUUUGUUAUAUGUUAUUGCUUCUCCAGUUGGUCCUUAUUAUUCAAGUGGUUUCAAACCAGUUAGUUUAGAAGCUACUGACUAUGCUGUCAGAGCAUGGCCAGGUGGUGUUGGUGAUAAGAAAUUAGGAGCUAAUUAUGCUCCUUGUAUCAAACCACAAAUGGAAGCUGCCCAAAAAGGUUUCCAACAAAACUUGUGGUUGUUUGGUGAAGAAGGUUACAUUACUGAAGUUGGUACAAUGAAUGUUUUCUUUGCUUUUGCCAAUGAUGAUGGUACUAAAGAAUUGGUCACUGCUCCAUUGGAUGGUAUGAUCUUACCAGGUGUUACCAGAGACUCUGUUCUAGAAUUAUGUAGGGAAAGAUUACCAAAAGACGAAUGGACCAUCAGUGAAAGAAAAUUUACCAUUCAUGAAGUUGAAGAAAAAGCUAAAAAAGGUCAAUUAAUUGAAGCUUUCGGUGCUGGUACUGCUGCCGUUGUUUCUCCUAUUAAACAUAUUGGUUUCAGAGGUAGAGAUAUCGAUGUUCCAGUUUCAUUAGGUACCUCUGGUGAUUUGACUGCCACUGUUGCUGAAUGGAUUAGACAAAUCCAAUACGGUGAACAAGAAUACAAAAACUGGUCUAGAGUUGCACAAUAG